AGUGAGCAUGGAGUCUGAACAGUGGUGGACAAGGCGGACCAGCAUGCCUGCACAUCUAUCUGUUCAGCUAUAAAUAUAUGUGUAUACAUAUAUAUAUGUAUAUACAUAGAUAUGUGCACGUCAUUUCGUGAGGGAAGGAGCAAGUUCGUCUUUUUUGUGUCUUUGUUGGCUCGCCUUCACGUCUCCUCUUGAAUGUACAUCUGCUGGAAAGGGAAACGGCGUUCGUCCGUGCGUUCGAAGGAUACCUGGAAGCCGAAGAGCAGCAAACAGGAAGGUGUUCGUGCAUUCAACUGCGAGAGUGCUGUGGCGGCUAUGGCGGGCCUGAACUCAACCGUAUCGUUUGUUUCCGGACAGCAGCUCGUGAAGUUGCAAGGGCCGAAGAUCGCAGUGGUGGAUGUUAGGGACGAGGAGCGUGCUUUUGAUGGACACAUAGCAGGCUCUAUGCAUUUUUCCAGUAGCACUUUUGAGGAGAAUCUUCCGAAGUUGAUCGAGGAGGUUAAAAACAAAGAAACCGUAGUUUUCCAUUGUGCUUUCAGCCAGGUUCGGGGCCCCACCUGUGCGCGAAAACUGAGUGAGCAUUUGAACAAUGCAAAGACUGAAGGAAAAAUUGAGAAAGUUCCCAGCAUCGUGGUUCUAGAACGGGGCUUUAAUGGUUGGGCAGAAUCAGGUCGGCCUAUCUGCAGUUGCCAGGACCUUGUAUGUACUCACGCUGCAUAGCUUGAAGACCAUUAUAUUGUACUUGAUUGGUUUGCACUUCUCUUUGUCAUUCA